UAUCUUAAUUGAAAGUGAAAUUGUUCGUUCGAUUCUACAUAAUGCGUAUUUAAAGUUAAAGUGAUUGUACAAAUAGACGACCCGUCAUGAAAAUAAAUUUUAUUCUCCUGAUUGUGCUUGUAAAGCAUGUUUGUGCUAGACACGCAUCUUUACAUCCUGUCUUGGUAGCUCGCUCGUCCUUAGAUUGGAUGCCGAGCAGAGUCAACUCCCUUUAUUCCGAUGUGGGCGCUUGGAGUGGUAAAUUUAGGCCAGUGAUGGAUGAAAUUGAAUCUGAUGAAGCCCUAAGAUUUUAUCAGUUCUUGAAUUAUUUAGACGGAGGAAGUUUUGGAACUGGGCCAAUAGACGAAUUUGUAGACGCAAUGAAUAGACUUGCCACAUACAUGAAGCAACAAAACAGUCGUGAAACGCAAGUGAGGGGAAUGCGUGAGUUAGAAGCGAUAAAUGGAGAGAAGGGUAACAGUAUAAAGACUGUGCUCGAAGUCAGUACAGUGAUAAUGAGAAAAAAACGCAAGUUCUUUUGCACUGGUGAAGUUAAAGAGCCUAUUGUUAAUAACAAAAUCAUAUGCAAGGACAGAAUAUUACUUCCAAUCGCCGGCACAUCUUGUAGAGAUGCAAUCAUGUAUUGGCAUCCAAGUUUGACAGAAGAGCACUACUGUGUUGGCGCUUUGGAGUCGAGGAGUCCAGUUCACAUUAUGGAUAUUGAAGGUGAAAUGUUUUGCAAAGGAGACGAUUAUUCGAAGCGUGAAUAUUUGUUAGCAUGUGAUUUUUAUGAAGAUCAAGAAGCGCCUGUUGCAGAUUUGCUACAGUAUUAUCCUGAUCCUGAUCCAGAAAUAGCACCCAAAUUGUUUAAAAAAUAGAUACCUAAUUUUUUUUUCAAAUACUUACUCAAAUAAAGGGAUGUGGGACUUGGGA